AUGAAGGACAAAGAUGGAGGCAAGAAGCCCAGGAUAACGAGCGAGCAGUUGAAGCACGAGGAGAGCAUAGCACAUGUUCCAAUUGAAAACAUGUUCUUCAAGGAUCUUCCUCCGACGUUUGUGUCUGUAGUUGGGCCGCCAAGCAGUGGUAAGAGCACAUUGGUAAGAUCGGUGGUGAAGUAUUUUACGCAGAAGAUGGUGGAUGAGAUUGUUGGGCCGGUGACUGUCUCAUGUGCAAAGAUGCGAAGGAUUACGAUGUUUGAAUCGAAGACGGACAUCCACCAGUUUAUUGAUGUGUCGAAGAUAUCUGAUGCGGUUGUAUUUGUGAUUGAUGCAUCUGUUGGGCUGGAGAUGGAGACAUUUGAGUUUCUGACGCUGCUGAUUUCGCACGGGCUCUCGAAGAUUAUGUGUGUAGUGACGCAUGUAGAUAGAAAGACGAGUGCGAAGCAUUUGAAGCUGAUGAAGAAGAGAAUAUGGGCAGAGGUGUGUCCUGGGAUCAAAUUUUUCCAUGUUGGAGGAGUGGCAUCCGGAUUGUACAGCGACAUGGAUGUGACUAGCUUGUGUAGGAUGCUUGGUGUGAUGAAGUGCAGGCCGAUUGAGUGGAAAUGCACGCAUCCGCAUGUGAUUGUAGACAGGAUAGACGAUGAGUUUGUGUAUGGAUAUGUAAGAGGAGGGAUGAUCCAGAGCGGAACAGAUGUUUAUGUUCCAGGGCUUGGAGACAACAUGAUGCAGGAAGUUGAGGCAUUGAUUGACCCGGUUCCUGUUUAUGGAGAGAAGAGGCUUUCUGCAAGAUCAAGGAUAUUGUAUUCACCGAUGUCUGGGAUUGGCACGAAUGACGAAGAGAUGCCUCAGAUGGAGGGUCUGCAUGGAGGGUCUGAUGAUGAGGAGAUCCAGCUGUUCAAGGGAGGAGAGGUGCUUGCUGAAGAUGAAGCGGACGAGCAAGUGGAGGAAGAAAAGGCUGAUUGUGUGAAAGAGUGUGCUGAAGAGCCUGAGGAGUCGGAAGAGAUAGGAUUUGAGGAACUGCUGGAAGCGAUGUCUGGAAGGUUUCAAAAGGAUGCGGUUACAGAGGAGGAUCUUAUUGAGAAGUUUAAUGAGAAGUAUGAGGAGAAGGAGAAGGAGCAAGGCAAUUUUUUGCUGAAGGAAAAGCGAAGGCUUGAGAAUGAGUAUCAUAAGAAUGAAGAGAUGAUGGUUCCGGGAGUGGUGGUUCCAGGAAAGUAUGUGAAGAUCCGACUGAUGCAGCAUAUGUGUAAGGAUGUUGACAAGGGCAAGGCGAUUAUUCUUGGGAGUGUUCUUGUGUCUGAAAAGGAAAAGAGUGUGAUACAAGGAAAGAUAAAGAGAUACAAAUGGUAUAAGAAGAUUCUGAAGAGCAACGAGCCUGUUAUAUUUUCUGUUGGGUGGAGAAGGUUUCAGAGCAUUCCUGUGUUUAGUAUGAAGGAUGCAACCAGGAACAGGAUGAUCAAGUAUACACCGGAAUCGAUGCACUGCAAUGUAUCUUUCUAUGGGCAUGUGGUUCCAGCAGGUACGGGUUUUUGCGUGUAUAGCGAGAAGGGAGAUUUCAAGGUGUUGGCGUCUGGAACAGUGACUGAUGUGAAUGGAGAAGUUGAGCUAGUGAAGAAGCUGAAGCUGAUUGGAUAUCCGAAGCGAAUUAUUCAGAACACGGUGUUUGUUGCUGGCAUGUUUACGUCUGAUCUUGAAGUUUUGAAGUUCCAAGGGGCGAAUCUGAAGGCAGUAAGUGGGCUCCGAGGGCAAGUGAAGGGGCCUCAUGGGAAGGACGGAGAGUACAGAGCCACGUUUGAGGGCACGAUGCUGAUGAGUGAUAUAGUGGCAUUGAGGUGUUUUGUGCCUGUUGAUAUGCAUAAGAUCCUGAUUCCUGUUGAGAAUUUGAUGGGAAGCUGGAAGGGGCUUAGAAGGCUGCAUGAGAUACGGCAAAGCCUGGGAAUGAAGUAUGAGAAUGAAGAGAGUUCUGAGGAGAGCGAAAGCGAGAGUGAAAGUCGUGCUGAGGAUGAUGCAGGCCUUCCAUCUGAUAUCGAGAACGAGCUACCGUUGAAUAUGAGAAAGAUAGCAGUGGUUUCAAAAAGAAUACUGCUACCGACAGCGCCAGAUGGGAAGGAUGAGUAUGAGACUAGGGAGAGGAUUGGAAAGGACAGGAUGAGGAAGAGCAAAGAGCAAGAGAAGAGCAAGGCCAUGCUUGAAAUGAAGAAAAGGGAGGAAAGAGAAAAAAUGGAGAAGGAGAAGGAAGAAAGAAUCAAGAAGGUCAUCCAGGAGAACUACAGAGAGUCACAGAGGAAGUUUAGAAAGCGAAGAUAG